GUACUGGUGAGGAGUUAUCAACAAGAUCAUCCCAAACAGGGGACUGUCAGUAGAUCUUUCUCAUCAAACAGUGUAGAGAUUUCCAUUAUUUGUCGUGCCCGAGGAUGUUGAUAAGAUCCCGACACAUGAGAAGAUUCGCCAAUGCCUCUGAGACUCUACACAGUCAUACAAAUGAUCCAGACAAUGUAGCUGCCACUGGAUGCCUCUGUGUGACCCACUUUCGAUCUCGUCGGCUCUAUCGUGAGAUCUCGACCUGCAACCAGAUUUGAUAUCACUGAGAUGUCACUGUAAUCAGUGCCAGUUCUCUCAUCCUCGAGGUCUGACCCCAGGAGCGGUCUCAGGCUCCCAGCUCUGCAAGUUGUCUCCGCCGACUUCUUUGCACUGAUGGUGUGUACAAGAUAAGCAUGGCAAGAGAGGAACAGGGAGAUCAGCUGUGGGGUUGCUUGCAGGUUGCUAUUCAUGUCCUGUGAACAGAUCACAGGUUUGGCCGGCAAGAUCAACUGCUCAUUGCCCUCAUCUUCUUUCCUGCAAGGGAGUUGGGAACUUGAGUACGCACAUCUGCACACGAACAAGAACAGGGCACAUGUGAUGGCUAGAUUUAGCAGGACUACUGACAGGUCCAGUUUGGGAAUGUCCACAGAGCAUAACCCUUGCACGGUUCACUCGCUUUAAAGGUCUGGAUGGGUUCAGAUCAAGGAGUAGGUUUGCUAUUGAGCUGGUGAUAAGAAAAGGCCUCACAAGUUCUAUCCCUGGAUAACUGAGGAAAGCACGGGCAAUCUGGCCAACAAGAGGAGUCCAGGAGAGAGAGAGAAGAUAUAAAAGACGCCAUGCUGGAGGAGAUGAAGGGUGAUACAAGACGCCAUGCUGCACUCAAAUUUUCUAUAGAACAAGUCGGGGAGGGUCUUUCCACUGUUGCUGGUGGAGCUCAUGCAGACUUGCACCUCACUUCUCUGUGUCCUGUGCGCUCACCUUCCAAGGAUUUGAGUGAUGGCUUCCAAGUGUUGCUUCUGCGUCUCCUUAUAAAAUCUCAGUUUAAUAUCAGGAAAGAUUCAGCCAGCUCCGUAAAUUGCUCUACUUGGAGCAAUAAUGAGAGAGCGUGAUAGGGAGAUGAUUUGAGGACUUGCAAAAUGGACUUGUAUGUGAUUUGAAAGAAGAAAACAAUUUGCUAUGAGAAAGAAACAGAGGAUGAGAAAGUGGAGGCCGAUUGAUCGAAGCUAAUGCAAUAUUUCCCUCCUUGUGCACAUCAAGUGGAAAAGACAUGCUAAAGGUUGGUUCAGAUUGAUUGAAGCACAAAACAUUAGACAAUGUUCCGAUUCAUGCCUUCUGACUACUAGUUUUGCUUGAGCUUAUAAAGCAGACACGGAUGAUCUUUUGGAUAGUAUCACAUAGUUAAUUAGAUCAUGGACAUCUCUAAUGGCUGGUGAAAGCAAGUACGCUGAGGACCACCAAUUGAGUGGCUAUUCACGGUUAUCCAUUAAAAGCCUCAAUCUCUUUGGGCCCAGUGAAGGUCUCCGAAGCUGAAGGGACCGUGAAAGUAUAUGCCUGCUCUUUCUACUAUGACAGUGAGGAUAUCCACUCGAGUAAUUUUGGCCCUUUCAAGGAGAGAGGAUCAUAAUAAUGCCCGAUUCAUUCUUUUAGGAGGCAAUCCUGGCGUGAUGUUAGAACAGAACUUGGAGAAUGUUCAUCAAUCUAUCAGGUGGAGUCUUCUUUUCCCAGAUAGAAAUUAGGAGGAACAUACUUCAAGCAAGCUAUGGUUGAACACCAGCCGGUUGAAUCCUGCCGCAGAGAAGACACAAGCUGCUUUUCUUGCGAGAAGGGAGUAUGUUAUCCGAACUUUUCUCCUCCUUUUUCUUUCUUGUUCAAAUAGUAUGGCCACUAAAUCAUCCUUCGUCUUCUUCCCUGCUGCUGUCCUGCAAAGAUUCUUUAUCUCAUGGCUGCUGCAUGUGGAGGGACGCAGCACAAUGGAACACAAUAAAAGGAAUGGCUACGAAACUUUUGAGCCCGGAGAUGAUGGCAAGUUACAGUAGACUGGGCAGCGUGGCGCUGAACCAUGGAGGAGUCCCACAAAAAGGUGGCCGGUGACGCUUGCCAUUUGCGCAGGGCUCACGGACUGCACCACGCGAUCUAUAGGCACCUCCUUGGGGGGUGUGGUGGCCGAGCAUCAUCACUGGCUCCGAGGACGUCGCCACAGCUCUCCACCGCAGUCCACUGCAAAAGAUAUGAUUCCUGGGCCUCUCCUUCCUGCCUCCUUUACCGGGCAUCCGAGCCACCCGAGCAAGGGCUUUGGUCAACCGGAGUAACAAGUGGAAUCACAGCUUCAGGGGCCACCAACAGUCUCAGCAGUGACACCACAUUCCCUGGGAUUGGAUUAUCAUGCAGGCGGCUCCUCCAUCACCAUCCGAGAUAUCUGAUCAGUGUGAUUUAGAGCAUGACCAUACAGAAGGAUGGCGAACAAGAUAAGAUUGAUGGUGGAUCGGAAGGGAGUCUUCCCUUUGGAGUGUCUCCAUCCAGUGGAACAGGAGAGAGGCUGCGUGUGCAUCCCAGUAGUAAGAUUUCCUCGCGUCAGCAGGGGCUUGUUGAUGACGGCCACUUGACUGUGUGCAAGCUAGAGAGAGAGAGAGAGGUGAGAUGAGUCUCGCAUGCAACCCGUUUUGUCAGGACUUAGGGUCCCAUUAGAUUCGCAGCCAGGACCUGCAGUUGUCCUGCCCCCCGCAGCCUUCCUAUAAAUGUACACACCCUCUCCGUCUGCCCUUUUCACCACCAGGAGACUUCUGUUCCCAUCUGCUUUUCCAGCUCCUCUUGUAGAGGGUGUGUACCAGCGCCCCUCACAGGUAUGUGACAGCUUCUCUCUCUGAUCAUUUGGUGCUGCUGCUCCUUGUUUCUUCCUGUCCAGAGAACCAACCCCCUCCUCAAAGCCCAGCUAAGGUGCCUCUAGGUUCCUUCUUACGCCCACCUAGUGCAGCUCCUCUUUCUUCCCCAGUCAUUUUGGCUCUCCUUUUGUUUUCCCUUGUUAAUCAUAUUUCUCUGCAUGUGUACUUUUCUUUCAUUUGAUGGCUUUGUUUGUUGAGUGAGCUUCCUUUCUUUGCAUUCUUAUAGGUGAAAUCCUAUUCAAAUUCCAUUUUGUUUGGUCAUUUACUAGUUUCUUAUUCGCAGUGGGUUCAAUUCUUUCUUCUCAUGUUCCCCUCUCUGAACUAGGAGAAAUUGAAACAAUAUUCAGCUCUUCCCUCGAUGGACUUUGCUCUGUUCUGUACCAGAGUCGAUAUCCUUCUUCUUCUUCUUCUUCUUCUUCUUAUAUCUCUCUGUUCACCAUGCAAGUUCAUCCAGAGCCCCAUGGACUUUGGCCCCUUGAACUUCCACCAGACCACAAACACCUCAUCUCUGGACUUCGGAAGGAUCGUGUUCGACUCCCCUUCUGCAGUCCUUCGACCCCGCUCCCCGAAAGAGAUCUCACUCCUCCUCGGCUCUCUCUCUGCUUCAUCAUCCUUCGAUAAAGUCACGGUUGCAGCAAGAGGAGCGGGCCACUCGAUCCAUGGCCAAGCUCAAGCCCUCGAUGGCAUUGUCAUCGAGAUGGACUCCCUGCCCUCCGUCAUCAGCAUCCACCGUGGAGGAGAGUCCGGUUCCUCUUACGCUGAUGUCAGUGGUGGGGCUCUUUGGAUCGAGCUGCUACGUGAGAGCUUGAACUUUGGGCUGGCUCCAAGGUCUUGGACCGAUUACCUCUACCUCAGCGUCGGUGGGACUCUCUCUAAUGGCGGCAUCAGUGGCCAGACCUUCAAGCACGGACCUCAGAUCAGCAAUGUCUUGCAACUCGACGUGGUGACAGGUAAAGGAGAGCAAGUAACAUGCUCGUCCACCGAAAGCUCAGAGCUGUUCUUCGCGGCUCUGGGUGGGUUGGGCCAGUUCGGCAUCAUAACGAGGGCAAGGAUCCUGCUCCAGGAUGCUCCGCAGAAAGUGAAGUGGGUCAUAGCCUUUUAUGAUGACUUCGAGACCUUCACCGUUGACCAAGAACUGUUGGUUUCAAUGCCAGAUGCAGUGGACUAUGUCGAAGGAUUCAUCGUCCUUAACGAGCACUCCCUCCACAGCUCAUCCGUUGCCUUCCCAUCUCAUCUGAGGUUCACCCCGGAGUUCCACAGCAAGGGCAGCUACAGAGUGUACUACUGCAUCGAGUUCGCCAUCCAUGACUACCAAGUCGAGAGCGCAGAUGUGGAGCAGGUUGUGACACAGCUUUUGAGGAAGAUGAGUCACAUACCUUCCCAUUUCUACAGUGUGGAAGUCUCCUACUUCGAUUUCCUCAACAGGGUGAGGAUGGAGGAGACCAUGCUCAGGAGCAGAGCGCUGUGGGAGGUGCCUCACCCAUGGCUCAACAUGUUUGUGCCCAAGUCUGGGAUCGGAGAGUUCAAAGACUUGCUGCUGGAUAACAUCUCACCUACUGUCUUUGAUGGCCUCGGUCUCAUUUACCCGCUUCUAAGAGACAAGUGGGACGCGAACAGCUCGGCUGUGCUGCCGGACGGCGGAGGCAGAGCGGAGGAGCAGUUGAUGUACAUCGUCGGAGUGCUCCGGUCAGCCAACCCGGCCACCUGCGCAGCCCAGUGCCUGCAAGACCUCCUCCGCCGCCACCGUCGCGUGGCGCAGGCCGCCACGGCCCCCCGCAUCGGAGCGAAGCAGUACCUGGCGCGUCACCCCUCCCAGGGCCACUGGCAGGAUCACUUCGGCCGGCACUGGGACCAGUUUGUGGCCCGCAAGGCACAGUUCGACCCCCUCAGCAUCCUCGCCCCCGGCCAAGGCAUAUUUCCCCGGACAUAUGCCUCUUCCUCGUAGUACGACAUCUAUCUCUCUACACCUCGCAUCAAAUCCACCGCAUGCACUAUUCCACGAUUCUGCCUCCCUUCCUUCUUCUUUUCUUCUCUGAUUUCUUCUUCUUUUGUUCCGUGAUUCGUUUGGAGAGGGAUGAUUUUGGAAUGUCGCACAGCGAAUUGAGCACAAGUUGGAUUAGUUUAUGAAUCUGGGAUUCGUGGGCGUGGCUCUCAAAGUAGAUUCGAGAUCAUGCAGUGGGAAGUGAGAGGUCGAAAGAGACGGCAACAGAGGUAGUUGUAACGAGAGGAUCCAGGGAACUGCUCCGGGGAAUGUGCAUGAUUUCGGGAGGCAAAAGGCAUGAAGGUAUGCGAGACUGCUUGCUCUUGAAGAGACAAAUCUAGUCCAGAAUCUGACACCUGCAGUGAUCGAAAAAUUCGUCCAUGCAAAGUUGCAUCAGCACUCGACAGAUUCAGAUUUCAUAUCAGGAAAGGGUCAAUAUGUGGUGACACCCAUUGGUCUAGCAUAUGGUUAAUGCACGCCAACAUUGCAA